UCCUGACCUCGUUCAUCACAGCCGGCGGAUCUCGACCUCCUCCUCUCACCUGCUCGCGCUCCUCCGUACAGCAUCUCCGGGAAGCAUGGCCCACCUCCCGCAGCUCAUCAAGAUCGGAGUGUCCCUCAAAACCACCCCCAACAACGGACCCGUCUUCUUCAAGACGGACGGGACGAGGUUCGGCCAGAGCCGGACCAUCAAAUUACUGACGGGCACCAAGUACAAAAUCGAUGUGGUGGUCAAGCCUGGCGCCGUGGAGGCGACGUCCAUGACCAUUGGUGGUGUGACUUUUCCCUUGGAGCAGCAGUCCAAAGACCCCCAGUCUGUGAUGUAUUCAGGAAUGUAUGACACUGAAGGAGUGGCCCACACCAAAAGUGGAGAGAGGCAACCUGUCCAGGUCAGCAUACAGUUUAACGAGGCUGGCCUCUUUGAGACUGUGUGGCAGGUGAAAUUCUACAACUACAACAAGAGAGACCACUGCCAGUGGGGAAACAGCUUCAACAGCAUAGAGUACGAGUGCAAACCCAACGAGACGCGCAGCCUGAUGUGGAUCAAUAAAGAAGUGUUUCUGUGAGAAAUGACCCUCAGCCGUAUGAUGAAGUGACAUCAGGCAGAACCGGAGACCCAUCGCUCUGUCUGAGAGCUGUCUGGCCACAGUACCUAUCAAUGAUACAGCGUAAAUGAACAUAUCAGCUCUUGUAGGAUCAAAGAACGUUGAUUGAAUCCUGUGUAGCAUCGCCCUGUCUAAAUGAGAAUUCUGAAUUGUGAGGUUUUCGGUGGUUUAAAGUGGUACGAACAGUUAAAAAAAAAGAAAAAAUGCAGAAAUGUUUUCCCAUUUAAGGCACUUUACCUUCUUUGUUGUUUGUCCAGUUUGUUGUCUGUUUUCUCUACCUCUGAGGAGUAGCCUCAGUUUCCAGGUGACAGUCUGCUGGUCAUGGCAGAUGCCACCAGUCAAUCACUUCCACAG